AUCAUCCUCUUCGAUGGGGUGUGCAACUUUUGCAACCGCUGGGUCACGUUCGUGCUUGACAACGACCCAGGCGGGCUCUUCUGCUUCGCUUCGCUGCAGUCGUCGCGUGGUCGCGAGCUGCUGCAGUCGUGCGGCCGGUCCGCAGACGAUCUCUCCACCUUCGUGGUGAUCGACAGGGACGGCUCGUUCUACACGCAGUCGUCCGCUGCCCUCCGCGUGGGUCAGGUACUGCAGAGACCGGCGCUCAACGUGCUCGCGAGCAGCCUCGUGUCCGUGCCGGCGCCCGUGCGCGACGGCGUCUACCGUCUCGUGGCGGAGAAUCGGUGG